CUUCUACCUCUACGUGCAAGUGCGUGCCUCGCGAGACCGUCGCGCGACAUAAAUCUCGCAGUGAUGGCUGCGCCGCCCGAUGCGGAGAGCUUGGAGUCUCGUAUCAACAGAGCCACAAACCCACUUAACAAAGAUACAGACUGGAGCAGCAUCCAUGCCUUUUGUGACCAGCUCAACAAUGAUUUGGAGGGGCCUCAGCUGGCCACCAGGCUCCUGGCCCACAAGAUCCAGUCUCCACAGGAGUGGGAGGCCAUGCAGGCUCUGCUGGUUCUGGAGACAUGUAUGAAAAGCUGUGGGAAGAGGUUUCACAGUGAAGUGGGCAAGUUCCGCUUUCUCAAUGAACUCAUCAAAGUAGUUUCUCCAAAGUACCUGGGUGCACGGUCACCAGAGCCAGUAAAAAAGAAGGUUUUGGAGUUGAUCUAUAGCUGGACUUUGGGGUUACCUGAUGAGGCCAAGAUCUCAGAUGCCUAUCAGAUGCUGAAGAAACAAGGUAUUAUUAAACAAGACCCGGAGCUGCCACCUGACAAACUAUUGAACCUUCCUCCACCAAGACCCAAGAAUGCAAUUUUUGAGGAUGAGGAGAAGUCAAAAAUGCUGUCCCGCCUGUUGAAUAGCUCGCACCCUGAGGACUUAAAAGCUGCCAACAAACUCAUCAAGGAAAUGGUCCAAGAGGAUCAGAAGCGAGCAGAGAAGGUGUCAAAGCGGGUGAACGCCAUUCAGGAGGUGAAGGAGAGCGUCACUCUGCUGACUCAGCUUCUGCAGGACUAUGACAGCACCGCCAGCAAUCAGAGCAACGCCGAACUUAUACAGGAUCUCUACCAGCGCUGUGAGAAAAUGAGACCUACACUGUUCAGACUGGCAAGUGAUACAGAGGACAACGACGAGGCUCUGGCCGAAAUCCUGCAGGCCAAUGACAGCCUGACUCACGUCAUCAACCUGUACAAGCAGCAGGUGAAGGGAGAGAUAGUGAAUGGCAACAACACAUUAAACACACAGAAACAAACAGGAGGGACAGCGCUGCUAGAUCUGACAGGAUUGGACACAUCACCCCAGUCGCCUCCUUCCUUCCCAGAGUUUCCCACCCCGACAGACAGCCUCAACGCCCCCUCGCAGGAGACGGGGAUCAGUCUCCUAGACGACGAGCUCAUGUCACUCGGUUUAAGUGAAGGAACACACACCUCCAAUCCCCCCUCACAACCUGAGGACUCUACAGCCUGGGACUCGUUCCAGGUGAGCAGAUCCUCAGACAGCAUAGAUGCAGACAUCCCAGCAGCACCCAGUCUCCUCCUGAGUCCUGACCCACCCUCCCACUCGCAGCCCCUGUCGUCUGGCUCCACCCCUGGGAACUCAGCCCUAGACGAGCUGGACCUGUUGGGAAAGACACUGCUCCAGCAGUCUCUGCCUCCAGAGGGCCUGCAGGUCAAAUGGGACAAGCAGCAGUCCAAACCAACUCUGAGAGAUCUCCAGAGCAAGACUGGUGCCAACAUUACCCCACACCCCAUCCCAACCUUCACCUCUGAAAAUCCUGCGCCUCUCCUCAACUCUCAGCCCAGCCUUGCACCUACGUUGCUGGACAUGUCCCCGACUCACACAGAGACUCCUGCUGCUGAAGUCACCCUGACUGAUGUUUUUGUACCAUUAGAAUCCAUUAAGCCCAGUAGUUUGUUACCUGUGACUGUAUUUGACGGACACAGUCUGCGGGUUCUCUUCCACUUUGCUCGAGACUCACCUCCGUCUCGUCCUGAUGUGCUGGUGGUGAUCAUCUCCAUGCUGUCAUCUGCCCCUGUCCCCGUCACCAACAUAAACUUCCAAACUACUGCUCCAAAGUCUAUGGCAGUGAAGCUGCAGCCUCCAUCAGGAACAGAGCUCCCAGCUUUCAACCCCAUCCUUCCUCCUGCUGCCGUCACACAGAUCCUGCUACUCGCAAACCCAAACAAGGAGAAAGUGCAGCUGCAGUACAGAUUAACCUUCACUAUGGGAGAGCAGGAGCACAGUGAGGGCGGCAGUCUAGAACAGUUUCCUCCUCCGGAGACGUGGGGGAACCUAUAGCAUUUAAACACAUCCACAACCCGACAGACUCUCUGCUUUCAGACUCGGCUUCCUCCCCUGAAACCAACUCUCCAACUCAACACUGCAUUAACCUUGUCCUUUUUAAUCGCUCUGUACUUUCUUUGAUUGGUAUUGAUUGUUUUCCUUGGACUACGCUCAUGCUCAGUCAGUGUAAUGUGUGUAUGCUUUGCUCUAAAUGAGUCAUGUGUGUCUUGGUCCAGUCCGCUGUUAUGUGGCUGCUCUGAAACAAACCCUGCAACUGCUUCCGACACUGUUGCAGUCAUAUCAUCUUGUUUAUGACGGACAGUGCUAUGAAGGAAGAAAACUACAUCAAACAUGUGCAUAUUUGCUCAUUUGGUGUGCUUGAUUUAUUCACCUAGAGCACAAAGUCAGCUGUUUUUGUAGAGUUUAAAUCCAUUAUGAGUUGCAUUUACCUUCACCUCUGCAUGCUCUGCCAACAUGGUGCAUAAUGCUUAAAAAAAAUCUAGCACACCAAAAGAGAAAGGACAUAAGCAUUACAUACCCAUCUUAGUUUGAAACAAAAGCUGUACUGAAUCAACUUUUUGUGGUGUCUCUUUGUUUUGUGAGGAGUGAAUAUCACUUAGAAUUUCUUUGGCAACGACUGAGUCCACUUUUGUUUGAUUUGCACAGAGAAUGAUUUCUUGAUAGUACUGUUUUCCCAUCUUGUGUAAAAAACAAAAUUCACUGUAACAGAGUUGUGUAUUAUCUGCCAUUUGUGCCUAUUUUGCAGUUCUAACAUUAUUUCAUAUAAUGGAUGUUUUUUUUUUCAUCCAUUACUCAACGGUCAUAUUAAGUCUGCAGUUUGUCUGAUAUACAUCUCAGCUACAUUAAAUUCUUAAUAUAUUAAUAGCAUUUUCAGUAGGAUAUAAGUUACCUUUUGACAAAUCUUUUCUUUAGCUUGUAAUAUAAGUUAAUAUUUCGGCAUUUAUUGGGCCAAAUUUAAUAUCGAAAACUUGAGCAUAUGCAAACUGAGCUGCACCCAGGUGCUCUGAGCCGAGUGUCUGUCUCAAACAUGUUCAACUUGUUUCUACAGUCUGCGAUGCAUGUCAGCCACGCCCAACACCUCCUCCUCCCCACAGGCUCUCAAUCACAUUCCACUGCACUAAUCUCCAAAUACGACUGCUUUGUAAAUACCUAUGAUGGCAGUUCUGUUAUGUACAUUUGACUUGUGCAAGAGCAUAACACUGGUAAAAUAUUCCGAAUGGGUAAUAAAGUUUUUUCUUGGUGACCUGAA